GAAGUACAGUUCAGAUUUAUCCUUCACACCCAACUGAUCACUCCAGGCCAGGACUGCUCCCGUUUUCUCCCCAGCUGAGUGUCCAUGCCCAUGGUGCCUGCUGAGGUUGACUGAGCGGGGCCAUGCAUCAUCUCUUCGGGCUGGUUUUGGCACAGAAGGACCUCUCCCGGGCCGGGGAUCUCUUCUCCCUGGAGGAUGCUGAGAUCGAAGGAAGCCUCUCUGAAGCUCUUGAGCAGAUCCGAAUCAUUAGCUCAGCUGCAGACUACCAGACCAACGACAACGACCAGGCRGUGGUGGAGAUCUGCGUCACGCGCAUCACCACGGCCAUCCGCGAGACCUCCUCCAUCGAGAGGCACGGCAAAGCCCUGGUGGAGCUCUGGGAGUCCUGCCUGGAGCACAACCUGAAGCCCUCGGGGAAAGAUGAGGAUGCYCCCCACGCCAAAAUUGCAUCUGACAUCAUGAGCUGUAUCCUGCAGAAUUACAACCGGCCUCCAGUGAUGGCCCUGGCGGUGCCGGUGGCAGUGAAAUUCCUGCAGAGGGGCAAUAAGGAGCUGUGCAGGAACAUGUCCAGUUACCUGUCCCUGGCUGCCAUUGCUGAGGCAGAGCUGCUGGCUGAGCACACAGAAACCAUCCUCAAGAGUGUCCUUCAAGGGAACUCGCUGCUGCUGCGGGUGCUGCCCGCGCUCUACGAGAAGCGGCCGCAGCCCAUCGUGGCGCGCCUGCGGGACCUGGUGGCACCCACAGCCCCGAGGGACCCGGCAGAGCAGCACCACCUCCUCCGGCUCCUGCACAUCGUGGCCAGGAACAGAGAACUCGGGGUGCUGAAGGAGUGUUUGCCGUUUUUAUUUGGCCACCUGAGAGACCCCAAYCACAGUGAGGUGAUUCUAAACAUCCUUCUGGAAAUAUCCAGCUACGAACCAGCAGCCCUGGCACCUUUCCUUCCAACUCUGAGGGAAAUCGGGGAGAGUUUUCCCACUUUGAUUGGGCAAACAGCAAAGAUCUUCGGAGCUGUUGGACACCUCGAUGAGGAGCGAGCCAGGACGUCUCUGCUGUACCUGGUGAGCCAGCUGGCCAACAUGGAGCACUCCUUCCACCACGUGCUGCUGCUGGAGAUCAAGAGCCUGACYGACAGCUUCCCCUGCAUCCUGGGCACGCAGAGCAGGGAGACAGAAAAUGACCCUGAAGAAAAGCGUCCUGUGCCACUGGAUGAUUUAAAAUCYGUCGUCAAUGGCAGUGAGGAAGAUGAAAAGCUCCAAGUUAAAAUCCAGGCUUUUGAAGAGAAAAUCAGUGUGGACAACAGCACCCCUGGCUCGGUGAGGAGAUACAGCCUGGGCCAGGUCUCCAAAGAAGAAAGGAAGGACCUGAGGUUUAACAGGUCCAAGAGCCUGGCCCUGCACACGCUGCGGAUGAAGGGGGUGAGCUCGGAGGGGGGACAGGACGAGGACAGCGGGGACAUCSCUGCUGGCAUCUCMUUCUCUGACAUCUACCUCAGCCAGGAGCAUGAGAAAGUGCCCUUUGGGGUGCCCCCCGAAGCAACACAUGUGGGGGACUCCCUGGUUUCACCCCAAGGCAUGGAUUACCCACCACCAGCCAAUGUGCUGGAAUUGAGCCUGGAAAAGGCCGUGGAAGGACGGGCAGAGGCGGUGACAGACCCUGGGGAGCACCAGGACAAGCUGUACCUGCACCUGAAGGCAAACCUGGGCAAGGUGAAGGARUUUGUGCUGGAGAUGGGCAGGAGGAUCCCCAUCCCGGAGCAGUGUGUGAUCGAAGAUGCUGUUCGGAGCUGUGUGGCAAAGCUGUUCUUCAGCUGUGCCCUCAAGGGUCACUACUGCCUGUACAGCAAGUCCAGUUUCACCCUGGAGAGCCGGCAGCCCCCACUCUGGAUCCACAUCAUGUUCCUGUUCCAGCAGAGCCUGUUCACAGAGCCCCUGCCCACCCACAGCAGCUCAGUGCAGGCACUCAAAACGCUGUGGGAGAAGACACAGCUCAAGGGGACGCACAGCUUCGAGACUGCCAUCAUCCAGCACACCUUCCCCCAGCCCAAGGACCUGGAGAAUGCUCAGCUGCACCUGGAGGAGGAGAGGUUCUUCGAUCUGUUUGGCUACAGCGAGGAGACAGGAGCCUGGCAGUGCUUCAUGUGCAACAACCCUGAGAGAGCAGCAGUGGUGAACCAGGAGGGGCAGCCCCUGAUCGAGGGCCGGCUGAAGGAGAAGCAGAUCCGCUGGAAGUUCAUCAAACGCUGGAAAACGCGCUACUUCACCCUGGCUGGCAACCAGCUGCUGUUCCGGAAGGGCAAAUCCAAGGACGACCCCGACGAGAGCCCCAUCGAGCUGAGCAAGGUGCAGAGCGUCAAGGUGGUGCCGAGGAAGCGGCGGGACCGGAGCGUKCCCCGCGCCUUCGAGAUCUUCACCGACAGCAGGAGCUACGUGUUCAAGGCCAGGGACGAGCACAACGCCGAGGAGUGGCUGCAGUGCCUCAGCGUGGCCGUGGCGCGGGCCCGCGAGCGCCAGAGCUGCGAUUCCUGA